ACUUAGGAGAGAGUACGCCGGAAUCGUACAAAAAUAUUUAAAAAUAAAAUAUUUAUUUUAAAUAAUGGGUAAAAUACGAAAGCGUAAGCCAAAAAGAAAUAGUAAUUUGGAUACUGUUGAAAACUUUGAAGAAGAAAUAUGUGUCGAUUCGCGAGAAACUAGUAUUCAGACCAUAAUUGAUCAAUUGCAGGCUGUAAAUGUCGAAGAAAAGUACUGUGCUUUACAGAGCUUUGCUAUGCUCAUAGAAAAUGAACAAAACGUUGAACAAGCUGUAAGCCGAGGCCUGAUUAAAAUAAUUGCACCAUUGCUACUCGAUCCUGCAUCAUGUAUAAGGAAUGCGUCUGCUGGCUCUUUAAGAAACUUAUCAUCUCUGGGAAUGUCAAUAUGUGAAACUUUAAUGGAACAUGAUAUAAUGACACCAUUAAUUUGUUACUUUCAUCAGUUUACAGAAACUUGGACUCCUGAUGGCAGUUUGAAAUCUAAGGAUGAAGAGAUUGACACUUUUAUACAAUGUGUCAAUCUACUGUUGAAUGUAUGUGAAAGCUCUGAACUGGCUGUUAAAUACUUAAUGGAAUCAAAAGUUUUAGACAUACUUCCAAGGUAUCUUGAUUUGAAAACUUUUGGUAGUGAUAUAGUUAUAGCUGUAUUGCAAUGCCUAUUUGUAGUUUUAGAAGACAACUCUGCAGCAUCAGCUAAAUUACAGUCUUCCAUUGAAAAUCAGUUAAGAGAAUUCCUUUCGUUACAUGGAGAUGAGUCAUCUACGUUACUAAUAAGAACAUUAGCUUCUGGAGUUACUAUAAAUAUGUGUGCUGGCAUAAUUACCUCAUUACCAAUAACUGUUGUCCAUCAGAUUAUGGAAAUAUUGGCCAACACAUUAUCUAUUGAUCAUAGAAAUGCUUGUGACAAAUUAUCAAACUUGGUACCAUUGCAAAAUGAAUCAGGAAAGACAAUACCACCAAAGGGCAAAGAGGCUCAGGAGUUAGAAUGUCACAUUAAAACAGUUCUUCAAUUACUUGACAGCCAACAGAGUGCCAUUGAAAUCCUCGCUAAUAUAUGCGCUAGUGAUGAUGGCGAUGAUGAAGAUGUGGAAUCUUCGGAUGGCGAGGAGUUGGGUAAUGAUGAGAUUUCUGAUGGUAUAGGAGGAACAGUUCAUCCAGAAGACAGACUCCCGCCUGAGGUGCUUGAAGCAAUAAUAUCUUUACAAUUAUUUGAAAAAGUAUGGGCUAAAGCUCAACUUCCGGCUGUAAAUGUUACAAUGGUUUUAGAAGAGUACAAUGAUUCAGCACUUGUUGUUAAAAAACUUAAAAAUGUUCAAACGAAAGCAUUGCUGGGAGUUAAUAAUAUGCUGUUGACUCUACCAGUAGAUAAACUGGGCGGAAUUGAUGGCAUUUAUAAAAUUUGGGUUGACUGCGGCAAGUUAGUAUUUAAAGACAAUGUGAAAAAUAAUAUAUUUUUGGAGUCCGCGACAGCAGUUAUGAGAACUGCCUUAGAUAAAAUAAAGUUUAGAGGAAAUGGAAACAUACAGAAUAGUAGCAUAUUUAAUAACAUGGCUUUAUCAGAUAUUGAGAUAAUGUUGAAUGGAAUUAAGGAAUGCGAAGUUCCCGAAAUUAGAUCAAAUCUCAUUCGCAUGAUUGGUAUCCUGGGACUUUUAUUAGUCAACAAUAUUAACGAAACAACAGCGAAUGUAAUAAUUGUUAUAACAGAGUUUAUAUUGGAGCAGGCCCACAAAGAGAAUGAAGUGUGGGUUCUAGCUGAAGCCAUUGAUACUAUUGUUGAUUUAUAUUCCGAGGAUGAGACAAAUGAGAUAGCGGCCAAAGUGAAACUUGCUGAUAAACUGUCAAUUCUGUCGCCCAUUUUGAAGAAUAAGGCAAGACAACAAAAGAAGCUCCCCAAAGAGUAUAAAGUCCUGGUAUCUACGACAUGUUCCAAUCUUCCCAGGUUUAUUAAAUAUAUCAAGGAGUUAAGUUGAAUAAGUACACUUUGGUACUGGUAGAGUGUUAUUAUUGUACAGUUUUAUUAUUAUCUCUGAAUAUAUUUUGUACUAAUCA